AUGAGUGUCCCGCGCGCAAGACUGCUGGAGCUGCUGAAGGCCCAGUGCAGAGUCUUCAACAUGACCUACAACCCUGAAGGCAUCCGCACGGGCAACAAGGUCCUGCGCCAGAGACUUCGUGGCCCUGCCCUGGCCUCCUACUACCCACGAAAGGUCGUCACCAUCCGUGAUCUCCAACGCGAAUUCGGCCCCGACUUGGAGGCAUUCGACGAGUGGGACGAAGAUCGCCUGGAAGGUCUCGCUAAUCUCCGUGCCCGUGGCAAGGGCAACGCAAAGAAGAAGGCUGCCGAGCAGCAGGCCGCUAUCCGUGAGCAGAACGAUGGGCUGAAGCGGGCUGAGGAGGAUGCCUCUUUUGCCAGAGCCAUGGAACAGCAGCAAGGUUGCAGCUCACUGCCUAUCACUCCUGGCAUUAACGGCCUCCAAGGAUCAUCUGCUUUGAUGCUGCGCUCUUCCAGUGCCAACCAGCCGGAAAGUUCAGAUGAGGUACUCCGUCUCAAGCUUCAGCUGGCUCAUGCACAAAACAAGAUCAAUAUCCUUGACAACGAAUUGGCGAAUACCCGUUCUAUCAAGUCAGAUCCGUCUCAGGCUCUAUCUCUGGCCAACACUGACCCUGAUUUUCCGUCGGUCCCACUGUCGGACCAGAUUGCCCCUCCUGGGAUGAUUGGCCUUCGUGCCCCUAGUGCAGCCCGACCUCUGUUCAAUCGUGAAAACAUCUGGGCGCAGGCAGAUGAGCCUCGUCUUGAAACUCUUGACAACCCCACAGGUUCUAUUGGCCGCGCUCGUAGUUUCAGUGACACCCAAGGUGCUUUGGAUGACACUCGUGGCCGGAUGACCCCGGAUACCGACCUGCUUCUCCGGCCCCAGCGGCCUGGGAAUAGAUCUGAUUCCCGCAAUCCCAAUACCCAAGCCUUCAAUGGCUACAGCAACUUCAACGCUGGGCAGGUUUUGUUCGAUACCAACCCCGGAUUUUUGACGGGGGGGAGUGGCCCGAACAUGAACAAUAACAGCCUCGGCAUGUUUCCCCAAUUCCAGCAGCCGCCUAUCGGGACUCCGUUGUCGCCUCAUGCUACGGAGUUUAACACCGACACUGCGUCGUCUUGGAAAGAGAAGUAUAUUGUUGACAAAAUCGUCAGUAGCAACGACCAGCAAGCUUCCAUCUUCCUUCAGCAGAAGCUCAAAGUCGGCACCUCGGAUCAAAAGUAUGACAUUGUUGAGGCCAUUGCCGCCCAGGCGUAUCCCUUAAUGAUCAAUCGCUUUGGAAAUUUCCUGGUCCAGCGCUGCUUCGAGCACGGAUCCCCCGAGCAGAUUGUUAAGAUUGCCGAAGCCAUUCGUGGCAAUACGCUCAGCCUCUCGAUGGAUCCCUUUGGUUGCCAUGUGGUCCAGAAGGCGUUCGAUUCGGUUCCUGAGGACUACAAGGCAAUCAUGGUCCACGAGUUGCUUCGCCGCAUCCCUGAGACGGUUAUUCACCGCUAUGCUUGCCAUGUCUGGCAAAAACUGUUUGAGCUUCGCUGGAACGACUCUCCUCCUCAAAUCAUGAAAUACGUCAACGAGGCACUGUGCGGGAUGUGGCAUGAAGUUGCUCUUGAGGAAGACAAACGUCCUUGCAUUGAAGAGGUUCUUGGAAACAUUGACAUCGUAGCCCACGGCCAAUUCGGAAACUGGUGUAUUCAGCAUAUAUGCGAGCAUGGUGCCCCUGGUGAUCGUGGUCGCGCCAUUGACCAUGUCAUCCAGUUUGCGGCCGAAUACAGCAUGGAUCAGUUUGCUUCGAAGGUGGUCGAGAAGUGUCUGAAGAUUGGCGGAGCCGAUUUCUUAGGCCGCUACUUGGAUCGCGUUUGUGAGGGCAGAGUCGAUCGGCCUCGCAUCCCGUUGAUUGACAUCGCCAGUGAUCAGUACGGCAACUAUCUCAUCCAGUACAUCCUAACGCACGCCAGCACACAGCACAGAGAAGUUGUUGCGGCCCACAUUCGGAAGCACAUGGUAUCUCUCCGUGGCUCCAAGUUUGGAUCGCGUGUUGGUAUGCUUUGUACCAACCCGGCUGUUGCGACCCGUCCUGGCCCUGGUGUUGGACCUUCUGUUGGACGGCUGCCUCCUCGCUACGGUGCUCCGCCGUCUCGCCAGCGUGCUGCUGGUGCCCCCGGACUUUACAACGGCGAAUAG